CGGGUGCCAGGUGCCACCUCCUGCAUGCAGCUUGGGAGCGUAGGAGGGCACGGUGGCUGUCACUUCCCUGCGGUGAGGGGACACGUGCCGGCGGGGGACACGGACACGGACACGGCGGGAGCACAGCAGUGAGGGGAAAAGCACGGGUCCGAAGCAAGGAGAGCCCUGACAGGCAGAAGAAGAGAGAGCAGGGCAGCGAGGGGCUGGGCCGAGUGCUGAGCAACCCCCAUGCCACUGUGCCUGAAGGCUGCUGCCAGCAUGAGGGACUAUUGCCCCGUGUACCGGUACGGCCGGUACGCCCCGCGCCUCAGGGCCUCCCGCACCGUGCACUUCCCCAACGACGUCGUCUUUCAGGACCACAUCAAGCAGGGGGACCUGGAACAGGUGGGCAGGUUCAUACGAGCCAGGAAGGUGACGCUGGACACCAUCUACCCCUCUGGCAUGGCAGCUCUUCACGAGGCCGUGCUGACGGGAAACCUGGACUGCGUCAAGCUCCUGGUGAAAUACGGCGCCGACAUCCACCAGAGAGAUGAGAACGGCUGGACGCCCCUGCACAUGGCCUGCAGCGAUGGCUACGCUGACAUAGCCAGGUACCUCCUGUCCCUCGGGGCCAGCCUGGAGGCCACCACCGACGACGGGGAGAAGCCCUCGGACCUCAUCGACCCCGAGUACGAGGACCUGGUGCAGCUCUUCGGAGCCACCGCGCUGCGCUGAGGCGGGCGCGGCGAGGAGCGGCCCCGAGGGCCGGGGCGGCGGGGCUGCGCCCACCCGAGGGCCGGGGCUGGGCCCAGGCUGGGCCUGGGCGGCGGCCGGGCAGCGGCGCUCGGUACCGCGAAUCGGGAACCACUUUGUACUUUUCCAAUAAAGCAUCUCGGUCACCGCC